CGGAGAGUCAAGCUGCCAGCUGUCUGCCUCCACAACGUUAUCUCCACCCAGGAACAGCCGGUCGCGCUCUGCAUCCAUCACCUGCACCUCAACGAGAAAAGGUUUACACAGUGAAACUGUUAAGCCAGAGGCAUAAGAAGCGUCCUUUGCAGGUUUGUCAGCAGCCUCGUUACCCUCCACCCCCUUAUGAGCAGGCUCAAAUCCACUUCUGCCUCUUCCCAUAACCAUGGAGCUUCAGGGAGCAGGGUGUUGCGCUACCAUCACGUGCUGGUGGAAAUACGAAAACGAGGUCAAAUGGAUGCAAAUAAUGAUGCAGGAGCAACCUGGGGCUCAUUGAACUGCACCGAUGGCGCUAGGGAUUGUGCUGUGAAGAUUCACGACGCUCUUACAGUACGCAGUACGAGGAUGUCUGCAGCUCUGGAGUUCAGUCUGGCGCAGGAACAGGACUUCCAGCAGGUCCUGAACAUCUGCAGCAGUGACGCCUUCGAUGGCUUGGACUACAUGGCUGCUGCCUUCCACCGCUGGCUGCAGGAGCCUGGACGCGUCGUCUUCAUUGCUCGGAAGGACAACAGAGUGGUGGCGCUGGAGUCUGCUCUGCUCAUAGAUGGGGGUCAGACAGCUGUAUUUCAGGGUCUCAGGGUGGUCCCGGACUUAAGAGGUCACGGCAUCGCUGACGCCCUCCAGAAGCACGUCACAGACUACAUCCACCAGCAUUACCCACAAGUCUCUGCUGUGAGGCUGAGCCGAGCAGUUCAGCCGUCACCUCAGACACUGGCCAAGUACAGACUCGUGGCUAAGGAGGCCGUCGUGUCUCUGCGCUGUGAGGCCGUACACCUCCAAGCGUUUGUUGCUGAACUUGGCUCCAGGCUCCACGGCCACGACACGGUGACUCUGAGCCAGCAGCAGGCCGAGACGCUGAUCCUGAGCGACCACGUGGUUUUCAGCCUGCUGCCCAGUAAAACCAUCAUCAACGACUGGGAGCCUCUGAAGCCCAUGGAGGCCAACAUGGAGGUGCUGCGGCGCCGGCGCUUGACGUGGAUAGUGGACCGUGAGCUGGAGCCGUCAGCCAUCAGCCUGUGCACCACGCCGUACCCUGUCCCCUACCGCCACGAUGCCCUGCACUUCAACAUCAACAUCUUCAGCCACAGCGUUUCCUCGGCCUGUGCUGUGUUUGUGGCUCAGCUUGAGUCGCUGCUGCCCAGACUCCAAGGUCUGCUGAUCUUCCACACCUUUGUGCACCCUGAGGUCUGGUCUGGGCUGCGGCAGUUCUGUCAGAACAAUGCCGGCGUCUCUUUCUUCAAGGACUACUGGGAGGAGGUUAUCCUGGAGAGGGACCUCUGAGGUGCCAUGGUAACAGCACAGUCUUUUCAGCAGGUUCUGGGUUCUUCCAGACUGAGGAUCCUUGAUUGGUCACUUUUAUCGAUCCAUUAACUGUGUGUGUCCGCUUUACAGCUUUUUGUAUGACUGUAACCUUCUUUGCAAAGAAUGAAGCUUAUGAAGACAAUUCUUUCCUCAGGGUUGAAUUUUACUCUCAUCACAGGGAGAAAGUGGCAUCCUUGUCAGCCUGGUAACAGAAACCUGGGGCCUAGCUCCUCUCUUUGUUCCCCUUGUGAUUGAGGUGAAUCAGCUUCCUUUUUAGCUGUCCUUGUCAUACGGACUUUAUCACAGACUGUUGAUCCAGCAGCUAUUCUGGUUACCUGCUUUGGCCUUUUGGUCUGACUGUCCGCUAUUGUUUUCUGCCUGCUAGCCUUGACUUAUGAUUUGAAAACUGGAUUCUGACCACAUCUGCUGCUCAUAAAGUGGUGAAGGGCUUG